AUGACUUCACCAGCUAACACAAGUGAGGAAAAAAUGGCCCUUAAAGACAGAACAACUUAUGAUGAUCAACUCUUCACCUCAGAAGAAAGAGAAAAUUCUGGUCAAAAUUCAAAGACUAAAUGUAACUGUUCUCCAUUCUCAAAACGUUACAUUAUAUCUGUACUGGCUCUCCUUGGAUUUGCAAAUGUCUAUGCCUUGCGAGUCAACUUAAGCGUGGCUCUGGUUGCCAUGGUGACAAAGACUUCAACCUUAAAUGAAGAAGGCGAAAUGGUAAAGGUACAGAUGCCUAAAUUCAAUUUUAUUACAAACAGAGGUGGUAGCCUGAAAAUGAACAACAUAUUUCCCCAAAGUCUUUUGGCCAAAACUUUCAGGCACAAAAGUCCACCAAGAUGUCCAUCCAGCAAAAGCUGGUUUCUGUCACAGAAAGUGACAAGGAGCAUUGUUAGCCCUCUUUGGAUGGGAAAAAAGCCUGUAAGUCUAUCAUAGGCAUUCCCCACCCCACUCCCCCCCUCCCCUGCAGUUUUUCAGGCUUCCCUUAUUGAGGGGCAUGAAUAUAGUCCUCAUUCUAUAGCACCACUUGCUACAUAGAUCUGUUUCACUCAUGUGCAUAUCAACUUCUAUAAACUAUAGAAAGAUUACUUAGCGAGGUACAUCUUUUUAGGAAAAGCCACAUAUGUAAUGUAUGUGACUGCUACUGUUUCUUAUACUUUUUCAUUGUUAUAAUAAUUAUUAUUGUCAGUGAUAUUACCAUUUUGAAAAUAACUCAGCUGAAAACAUACUCAUUAAAUGCAUUACGACUGCAUAGUUAACAUUCAAUUUAAACAAAUUUUAGACUGAAGUUAAUUAACUGCGCAAAGUAACUGUUAUUUCUAUCAUUAAACUUUUUUUUCCUUUUAACAGAAACCAGCAGAAUUUAGUUGGAGCUCAGGAACUCAAGGUAAAAAUAAGAUUUUUACUCUUCAACCCCCAUGAGUGAGUUGACUGUAGUAAAUAAACCAAAGGUUGUGAAACAUCUUCUCAUGAUUUUUUUUCUUUGCAAAAUGUUAUAUUUUCAAGUGCUGAUUUUAAGCCUUUUUUUGGUUGUCUUUUUUUUUUUUUUUUUUUUUUUUUGAUAGGAAUUGUGCUGAGUUCAUUCUUUUAUGGCUACAUAAUUACCCAGCUCCCUGGUGGAUUUUUAGCUCUUAAAUGUGGUGGUAAAAACUUAUUUGGUCUUGGAAUCCUAUCCACUGCAGUCUUGACUCUGCUCACUCCAGUAGCAGCCAGGGCAAGUGUUGGGCUGUUGGUAGCGUUAAGGGUUCUGAUUGGACUGUGUGAGGUUUGUGAGCCAUUAGACAAUAUUUCUUUACUAGUAAUUACUUUUAAUUAGUGCUUGUAACUAAGGCAUUGCUAUGUGCAACAAUUUUUGGUAUAUUGGCUCUGUGUUAUGGAGAAUGAUGAUCUUCUUCUCUCAUAACAGGGUGUUGUAUUUCCUGCAAAUCAUGCUGUCUGGACAAAGUGGGCUCCACCACUGGAGAGAAGCAAACUUGCCACAAUAGCUGUAUCAGGUUUGUGAUUUGUGAACCAGACCAAGUAAAAACUUGAAAAAACAGUUAAUAGUAAUUUUAAUUAUUACUAUUAAUAUUUAUUAUUAUUGUUACUAUUAUAAAGCAAACAUGUUUUGCUUUUUUAAAAUCCUACUGCUUGAAGGGUUCCAGAGUAACAAGGAGAAGCCCUUGUGAUGCGACAAAUGCUGAUUUUGAUGUUUAAGCAACAGAGGGAGUAAUUUGCUUGUGAAAUCUUUUAGAAUUUAUUAGCUUUUAAACAAUUUUUAAGUGUAGUUUUAAUUGUAGUUUUAACAUGGAUUUGAUUUCUAGCUAUAAAUUAUUUUAUAUGAUUAAAAUUUUUUAUUAUUAUAAUGGUUAGUAUUACUCUAUUUUAAAUAAGUAAUUGGGUUAUUAUUAUAAAUAAUUAUUAACAUUACUGAGUAGUGAUUUGAAUCAGUAAUUUUAUUCUAUUGAUGCAGAAUCAAAGCAUUAAAAUGUCUAAUAAAAUUGUUAUUAUUAUCCUUAAUUAGUAAUGAUAAGAGAACUGACUGGAGUCCAGUUCAGUCUGUAAACACACAAGUGAUAACAAAAUUGUACAACCACACAGCGGGAGUCGGAUUUGUUUAUAAACAUUAUGAUUACAGGCAGUAUUGAACUGCGCAAAGUCUUGCUACCAAUUAAUCAUAAAAAUUACAUUUUCCAAGAAAAGAAGAAUUGUCAAGGUAAUUAAAAAAAGGGAAAAUUUGUAUUAAUAGACUGACAGAGGAAUGGUAAAUGUACACUGUUUCCGCGGUGAUUGAAACCAAGAUUGCAAUUGGUUGAUGUAAACUACAACUUAGAAUGUGAUUUGUUGAGUUAAACUAUAACUUUGAAUGUGGUUGGCUUAUUGAGUUGUCUGAUAAUGAUUUAGCAAGUGAAUUUAGUGGAACAAAGGAGUUUUUUAAACUAACCACAAUCUAGGAAAUUGUAAUUUUUUUUUAUUAUUAAUAAUUAAAAAAAAACUGUUGUAACAUUAUUAUUACUAUAAUUGUUUUUAUCAUUUUUAUUAUUAAUAAUAUUAUUAUAAUUAUAGUUAUUAUAACAAUUACCACCUCACAAUGGAAUCUUAUAUUAAAGUGAACCAUUAGCACAUCCUGCAAGUUCAUUUUAUGAUUAACACUGACAGUCAUUAGUAAAUAUUAAAAUUUUUCCUUAUGAAAGAAAAAUAUUCACCAUUGAAUAAUUUUUAUUGUUGCAAUACAGGAGCUCACAUUGGCACAGUUGUUGCAAUGCCUUUAUCAGGUGUUUUAGCACAACAUCUUGGCUGGGCUUCGGUGUUCUAUGUUUUUGGUAAGUUUUCUUUUAUUCUGGUGUACAUGUGUAGUCAAGCAUUUCAAGUGCAUUGUAGCUUUGUUGGAAUGGUCUUUAUUUUGCCUUACUGUGAUUUGUGAAGCAAAAUAAAUUGAAUGAAAAUCUGUGUUAGACAAAAUGAAAAUCUUUGUGGUAGUCUUUACGAAGUCUCCACUAGGUUCUUGAAAAAAUCAAUGCAUUGGCUGUGAGAAAGAAUUGCACCAUUUAGCCAUAACAUACAGAACAAAUCAGUAAUUUAAAUAAUUACCUGCGGUAGUAGCUGUGCUUUUUACAAGGUGUCAUCAGAGUACUGUCAGCAACAGUUUCUAAAUAUAAAGGUUUUUGGUGAGGUGCAAGGUGUUUGAGUUUUGUUAGGUUGCAUAUUAUAUGCAAUCCACACUUGUGGUGAACUGAUCACUUCAUCCUUCUGGCUGGUGAAAGGCCAGGAUUAGUUAUGAAAAAGUCAUCAAAAAUACAUUAAUAAUCAUUAAUUAUUCAUUAUCAAUUACUCCACAGGCUGUAUGGGUAUUUUGUGGGCCAUUGUCUGGUUUUUAGUUGUGAAGAAUUCACCAGCAGAAGAUCCAAAUAUUUCAGAGGAAGAGAGAUUAUACAUUGAAACUUCACUUGCUAAUGAUGAUCAGAAGAAGGUAUAAGUUGAAGACAAAUGUUUUGUAUAAAAAACACUCCAAAAAAUUUUUCUCCUCAGAGGAAACAUACCAUGGUAAUCACUCAAACAAAUUCUUCACAAAAGGUUCUUUUAAAUUUGUCUCAAAUGUGAGUCAACAAGAAAAGUCAGAACUGCCAAAAAGAUCCACAUAACCUUCAGACAUUAAGGGACUUUGUUGUUGGAUGCUCCACCUGACUGAAGAAGGGUAAACCUGUAAGUAAACUAGGCCACCAACUCUUAACACCCCAACAUCAGUAUGUAGAUUCUCCUUACUGUUCUCUACACAUUUCCUAAGGUGCUGAAAGGAGAAUUUGUUCAACAAUCAAGAGCUUCUUCAGUUGGUGAUCAUUUCCUUUAUUCUCAUGACCUUAGUGUGUGAUUCAGGGGUGAUAUUGUAAGGAGAAAUUAGAUUCUUAUUUCUCCUUACUGGGUUUAGAUCCUUUUGUAACUGAGGAUUCUUGCUCUGCAGGAAUCAGCAAUGUUGCCCAAUAACCAGAAACAAAAAAAUUGAACUGCACUGACUGACGAAAAAGUCAGGUCAGAGUGAUUUUAUUUUGAAGGGACAUUCUGAUCAGCAUCCUGCACUUCCCUUUUACCAAUAGGUAAUUGGAUUUGGCAUGGGUAUUUUAUGAGUCAUACUUAUCUAGCUCUCAUGGGAGUUAAGUUUAAUGCAUGUUUAUCCCACUGGCUAUCUUUUAACAGGAUGUGAAAGUUCCUUGGAAGGCCAUAUUUACCUCCUUGCCUGUUUGGGCGAUAGUUGUGGCUCAUUUCAGCGAGAAUUGGGGAUUCUACACUCUAUUGACAGAGCUGCCCAGUUUUCUCAAACACAGACUUGACUUUGACCUUAGCAGGGUAAGUGCUCUGUUGGGUUAGGGGACAUGAGGUACCCAUCAUUGAUCCCAAAUAGAAAAUGCAAGAAUUAACAGACAAUGAUUAUGAACAAAUGAAUUAUUGAAUCGAAGGGAAGUAAAAGUGAAAGGAGGAAUUGGAAGGGUAGGUAUAUUAAUACAAGGAGAAAAGUAUAAAGGACCAGGAAUAAUAAGUUGUGAUCAAAAGAACAAUCAAACAAAGCUACCAAAGACUAAACAUUGUACAGUAGUGUGUCAGCCAACAUGUUGGUAGUGUGUCGGCCGACGCGUUGGUAGUGUGUCGGCUGAUGUGUUGGUAGUGUGUCGGUGGUGUGUCAGUAGUGUGUCAGUAGUGUGUCAGCCAAUGCGUCAGUGGGAUCGGAUUCUUUACCUUUACCCAGAUGGUAGAUAUGAGCACAUUGUGACAUAAGCAAACACAUCUAUUGAAAUAAAGGGUAUAAAUUUCACAUAAUAGCAUUUUUUUUAUACACUUUUUUACAGGCAGGAUUUGUGUCUGCUCUGCCCUACCUUGUCAUGGCAAUAACAAUUCAAACAGGUGGACAGAUCGCAGAUUGCCUAAGAAGAAAAAAAAUAUUAAGUACAACAGUGGUACGGAAACUGUUUAAUUCAUUUGGUAAGUUAGCAUCAGUAACCUUAUUUUCAGUUUGAAUCUUUAGUCUCUGUCUCUUAUACAUGAGAACCUACAGGGAAUACAAGCUGAGUAUAACCACAAGAAAACUCCCAUUCUCUAGGUCAAAAUAUUAAACAAGUACUGGUACCCCUCUCAGAUAAGUGCCUCCCCCCCUUCUCCCUUGCUUUCUUGAAUAGUAGGGAUACAAGGAAGACUUGUUUCCUUUGUCACUUUCUUUAUAACGUUUUAAGCUUCAACUACAGCGGGAUCAGUACAGGUUUAACUUAAUAGUUUCUCAGUAAGUGUUGUAAAUAUUAGGUUUCCUGUGCAAAUUAAAAGGCCCAGUCUUUACCGAGGUUUUGUCCUUUGACCCUUGGUCAAACCUUGGCGCACUUGUGUUUUCAUUGCUUGUUAUUUUUGCCUUUAUUUUUUUUGGAUGAGGAUUGUUUAACUAGACUCACAUUGAAGGAAUAGAACAUUAUGGAAUCAUUCCGUGUAUUGUAGCAAUUUUCAAGGUUAUGGACAAGGACACUUGCUUGUUUGUAAGGAUUUCUCAUAUGGUGUUGUAUUGAAACAGUGUGCUGAGCAUAGUGGAUCAGAUUGAAUAAAACGAAGAAUUGACAUUGAAUUGACAGCUGUUAUAAGUGUCUUCCUCCCACACGCACCUUUGACCUUCCAGCUGAAAUUUGAAGUAAGCAGUACCUGGGUGCCUUUCAACGAUGUACAACAUAUAGAAUUGAGGUGUUAAAUGUACCAGUACAUAUUUUGAAUCGAGAGUCCAUUUCCCUUUCCAAACAACCCUUUGACCUCUAAGAGUGAUGAGCACCUAAUUUCUCCUUACAAGAUCACCCCUGAAUCACACAUUAAGGUCAUGAGAAUAAAGGAUAUGAUCAGCAGCUAAAGAAGCUCUUGAUUGUUAAACAAAUCCCCUUAGUAAGUAUACAAGGUAAUGUAAAGAAAAGAGUAUGCAGAGUAUACAGUAGAUACUGUAGAUACUGGUGGUAGUAUCUAAAGUUUUGAAUUAAUUUCUUCUUGUUUAGGUUUUGUUUGUCAAGGUAUCUGUAUCAUCAUUGCUGGUUACACUGCCAACUGGUUGGUCGCUGUGAUUUGCUUAACACUUGCUGUAGGCGGAGGAGGAUUUGCAUUUAGUGGCUUCUAUGUCAAUCACUUAGACAUUGCUCCACCUUUUGCUGGUAUUUUGAUGGGCAUCACCAACACAGUGGCCACGCUGCCAGGAAUCAUCAGCCCUUUGUUGACUGGAACCAUUGUGCAGCAUCAGGUAUGCUGGCUUGAAUUUUACUUGACGUGUUUUUCUUUGCUUUAUGAUACCAGUGUAGAAACCAAAAAGAAAUUGAAGGUGAAACGAAAGUACUGGACCUAGUUGUUAGAGGAGUGGAUAAUGCUAUCUGCUGGAUAAAUGUCUAUCUUGUGGAUAGGGCAUUAUGUUUUCUUAACACUUAUCACCUGAAUGGCAAUUCAUCUGUUGAAUAGCAUUAUCUGCCCUUUUUACAACUGGAUGCUUGAGUUUAUGUAGGGAGGUCUCUACUGUGCAUUGCUUUCAACUGCGUUUAUGCAAAUGACUGCAGAGGUGGCGGUGGAGUGCUUUAAGUGUGAGAGGGACUCAUUGUGUAUAAUAAGAAAAGUAGAAUCAAUAUCAGUAUUUGAACUGCCCACCUACCCCUUCCCUAACUCAACAACAGUCAAUUGACAACAAGCUAAGGUUACUGUUGGGUUACGAGAGGGGUAAGUCGGCAGUUGCCCAGAUACUGAUAUUGAUCCAAAAAGUACAUACCCAUUUUUUAAUUAAGGUUCACUUCUCGAACUCAAAAAGAGCUGUUCAAUUGAAAAAAGUCCUGCCAAAUAUGAUUGUGCUAAGCAUGAUUCUGAUGUAGCAAUUUUGAAAAGAUUACAAGACUGAAUAUUUUGCCAAACUGGGGGGAGGGGCUGAGUGCCUCCCCAAACUUCAAGUUUUCACUUAUGGACUGACCAAUGGAAUUAAUAUCGAGGAUGUUUUCCUUAAAAUAAUCUUAUAGUUCAACUUAAUUGGAAUGCUGUUGAUUAACAAUUGAGUGUGGUCUAUGAAACCUUAAGAAAUGGUAUAUAUACAAGGACUGUGCUCCAAAAUUCGAAAAGCCAAGAUUUAGAUCUUCAAUUUCUUCUUGUGCUUCUUUAACAGUCAAUUUUACACUGUAGUAAUAUGUGUGUGUAUAAAUAUAUUCUUUUUUGUCAUAGUCACAAGCAUCAGAGUGGAGGAUAGUGUUCUAUCUUGGGGGACUUAUCUACUUCAUUGGUGCCAUAUUUUACUGCAUCUUUUCUUCUGGUGACAAACAAAUUUGGGCAGGUGGAUACACUGAACUGACUCAAAUAGAUAAUGACAAUGAUGAUAAUGAGGAACAAAUGGAGUUUAUAGAUAGUUAAUUUUUAAGUAAUGACAAGGUUGGAGUUGUAAUCAGCAACAAACGGUGGUAUGCAAUCAAGUCAAAAUCAAACUGACAGAAACAGAAGCAAAAUAGUGCUACCACUUUUGACUCUUUUUGAUUAUGGUCUGGACAAAAUAGAUUACUAGAGUUGCAAGUACUUUAAGCCCAAGAACACACAUUGUCAUCGGUUGAUUUCCCCUCUGAUGUUAGAUACUCAAACCAGCAAGUUUUUACUAGAUCAUAAACCAAGACUUCAAAAGUGGAAUUAGAAAAAUAUUUUCAGGUUUUGUCAGCUCUGUUUUCAACUCUGAUGUCUGAUUUUCGCUUGGUUGUGAGGGCUCUCAUGGCUUUCAUGGCAUUUCAGUGACUAUGUUACUUAUUAGAACCAGCCUCUGAGUAGUGGUAGAAUUUUGGAAAUAAGUAUGACCUUAAGUUUGCUUUUAGAUGGAUGUGAAGUGUUAUUUAUAGCAUACACAAACAGCAAAAUCUACCUGUGCUUUUGUGCACUUUCCUGUUGUCCUUGAAAAGAUUCAGUAGAAAAAAUUAGAACCAAGGUCACUUUGCUAACAUGCUAACUUAAAUAAGGAGGCAAGUUACCUAAGGAGGUACCAGUUAUCAAGUCAAGCUGUCAACAAAUUGGUUGUUAACCAUGAGAGGUAGGGGAGGUGACCCUGAACCAAAUAGAAGUAUUUCCUUGUCAUAACUUAUGUGAAAAGUUAACAGGUUUUUGGACAAGAACAGCAGGGGGCAGGCAGUGAAAGUUUGGUUCUUAACCUCUUUCAAUUUGUGGAAAUGUGCUUUGAGUCCCUUGGUAAAAAACCUUUUGAUUUUUAAUCUACAUGCAACAAAUUCUUAUAAACACACCAAACUUGAGCUAAAUUUGUUUUCAUGGCCUGUGAAGCCAACAUGUUCAGAAAAUUAUAAAGAUCCUUUCUUGGAUUGGAUGUCUAACUGUUACAGUAAACCAAGGUUAUUAUUAAUCUAUUUAUUGACUUACAUUAUUGAAGCAAAAUGGAUAGAAUUUUAUUUUUUUGCAGUUGUUAUUAACUGUAUAUAUUAAGACAUUUAGGAACCAAGAGGAUCGCGCAUUAAGAAUUGAAAAGUGGUCUUUAUAGUCCAUCCUAUUUAGUGAAGUAUUUUUGAGUAAUGAAAACAUAGUCUAUUAUUUUGAUGUAUCUAAUAUAUUGAGAAGGUCUUGACCUUUUCAUUGCUCAUUAGUAAUUCUCCCUACUAACAGCCAUACAAUUCUUAUAAUAUGAAUUCUGAGAAUUUGUGAUUGGAUCAACUAAUAAUCCCCCAAUUGAUAUUUCUAUUCUCCUCACUUGUGUGCUUAAUAUUGUAAUUAUAUUUUUUAGGAGAAAUUCCAUCUUGGUCACUCAUGGGAUUUAAAGGGUUGGUAAUUAAAAGUAGGCCUCAAAAAUUCAAAUGCAAACCAGAAACAUUUAAUUAUUUAAGCAAAGGUAAUUCAUCAUAUUGUAGAUUUGCAGCAUACAACUACAUCCACAGUAGUUCCAUUCAUACCUUGCAUUCCACAGUAGUUGUAGUAGUGUAACUCAGUAGUUACUAGAAGUAAUCAGUGUACAGUGUGCUUUUAAUGACCACAGGGGCUAGAAAAACGGGGCAGCUGUACUAAAGAGUGCAAUAAUAUCAUAUGAUUAUACAGUCUCAUACUUUUUUCAUCUAAUUUGUUUGAUACGUUUAUUUAUUUUUUUACUAAAACUCUCUCUUAUACAGUAUUUAUUUCAUUUUAAUCACUUAAAAGUGCCCACCCUCAAAUAGGCACCUGCCCUAUAGGUAUGAAAAGUUUAAAAGAUGGCACCCAAAAUAAAAAAAGAAAACUUAAAAAAUAUGAAAAUUCUCUUUAUCUUUAGUUGACAUGGAAAGUAACAUUAUCCUCCAUGUUAAAAUCAAUAAUAUAAAUGGAAGUAAUGGUGUACAAAAUAAAUAUAAAAUGCAGUGGGAUUUGCAGUCAAUUCCACUUUACACAUAUAUGCAACCCUAGAAUUGACAGGGAAUUGUAAGUUAAACUGUAAUGGCAGGGUGCAUGGAAGAAAUCAUUCUUCAGUGGCUUCUAACAGGGUGCUUUACAUUCUUCUCUCAAAGUUUCUUGUAAUUCUUUGUGAAAAACAAGAAGCAUUAUGUUGAGUUUACUUCAAAAGUCAUAAGGGACAGCAUCCCUUCUAUUGUCACAAAUAAAUCAUGAGUGUAAACAAGAAUAUUUUAUUUUUCUCUC